GUGAUCAGAGGAGGCAACUUUCCAUUUUAUCUUCUUACGGCUUCCAAAGAGAAGAGAAAAGGGGGGAUAGAGAGGAGGAGGAGGAUGAGGAAAAGAGAAGAAGAAUAAGAAGAAGAAGAGGAGGAGGUUUAGGAUUUGGGGUUUUAGAGGAGGAACUUUUAGGGUUUCGAUUCCUUUGGAUGAUUGGAAGGAGGAGAUGUUGUCCGGUGGUUCCAUGCGGAAAUCAUUCAAGGACUCACUGAAGGUUCUUGAAGCUGACAUACAGCACGCAAACACUUUAUUAAUCUGUGGGCUUGCGAUGUUCCUGAUGAUGGUCUGAGAAUCAGAAAAAGGAUAAAUUUUCUAUUAGGGCUUCGGAUUUCCCUACAGACUAUGAUGGUGCAUGCCUUCAAAUGCGAAUGUCAUACAGUUCAGCUGCCCAUUUGUUUCUUUUUCUUGUGCAGUGGACAGAUUGUAGCCUUGCUGGGGCACUUGGGCUCCUCAGAAUUAUGAUAUAUAAGGUUCACAUUGAUGGAUCAACGACCAUGUCAACUCAUGAAAGAAAAGCUAGCAUUAAAGAGUUCUAUGCUGUUAUUUUCCCCUCCUUGCUUCAACUACAAAAAGGUAUAUCUGAUAUGGAAGACAAAAAACAAAAGGCAGUAUGCUUGGAGAGAUACAGACGAAGAGAUGACAAUGAACGGAAGCAGUUCUCUGAAAUAGAUGCUGAAAGAGAAGAGGAAUGUGGGAUUUGCAUGGAGAUGAACAGCAAAAUUGUAUUGCCCAAUUGCAGCCACGUGAUGUGUCUGAAAUGCUACAGAGAAUGGAACUCAAGAUCACAGUCAUGUCCCUUCUGUCGUGAUAGCCUCAAGAGAGUAGACUCUGGCGAUUUAUGGGUAUACGUGGAUCACAGAGAUGUAGUUGACAUGGCAAUGCUGAUGCGCGACAGCAUCAGACGCCUAAUCAUGUACAUAAAAAAGUUGCCAGUGGUCGUUCCGGAGUCCGUCAUCGAUGCUUAUGAUUCUCAUGUUAGGUGACGUGGAAAAGCAUCUGGUCAACUUCCACGGAUUCCUUAACGCUGCCAGCGGUUUGCUCAAUUAGCUUAAUUAAUUUGUGCUUUGGAUAUCAUUCUGAUUCAUGUUUGGAAGCUGCUGCUAAUUUUUAAGCGGCCUAUGGACUUCAGAAGCUAUGUUGGGAGACAUCCAUCGAGCAACUUCAGCACUAUGUAAAUGUCUGUACAGUUAGUCAACUUGAAAGUUAUGAACCAUUUCAGUGUCAGCAUAGUAAGCACUAACUGGUGCCAAUGCCAGUGCUUAAGCUAUUUCUAGCUAUUGUUGUAUGUGGGUGCAUCGCAUUGUGGAUGGUAAUUCUUCUCGGUUAAAAGAGAACAUUCCGGUCUCGGAUAAAUGGUCAUCUGUAAUGCUGUUGUGCCGCAUUUGCUGUGACAGUAAACCAUGGACAUCAUCCUCUGCGCUACAUAUUGAAGUGGUAUGUUGCAGCUGUU